CCGCUGUCACUGUCAGUGGCCGCUGCCGCUGGCGAGGAUGGAGCCAGCGGCGGGUCCCGGGGAGCGCUGGGCGCCUGUCGGGGCGGUGGCCGAGGCUGAAGAGGAGGAGGAAGAGGCCGAACCGGGCUCCCCGCGGUCGCUGCGGGCGGAGCGUCGCCGCCUCCACUCGGCGCUCUUGGCGCUGGCCUCCCACUUCGCCCAGGUCCAGUUCCGCCUGCGGCAAGUGGCCCGCGCGGGGCCGGCCCAGCAGCAGCGCCUCCUCCGGGAGCUGGAGGAGUUCGCCUUCCGAGGAUGCCCGGGAUCCGGCCUCGGCUUCGGCGCCGCCGCCCUCGAAGGUGUCGCGACGGGGGACGGAAAGAAUGAGCUUGAGAAGCAAGAACAGCUAGAGGCACGGAAGGAGAAGCAGCGGGAACUCAUCCUGCAGCUGAAGGCCCAGUUGGAUGACUUGGAAACAUUUGCCUACCAGGAAGGCAGUUAUGACGCACUGCCUCAAUCCAUGGUCAUGGAGAGACAGCAGGUGCUUAUUGAGGAACUGAUCAAGAAGUUGGACAUGAACUUGAGUGAGGACAUUGCCUCACUGUCCCCAGAGGAAUUGCGUCAUCAGGUGGAUGCUGCCGUGGCCCAGAUUGUCAACCCAGCCCGUGUGAAGGAACAGCUGGUGGAGCAGCUGAAAACCCAGAUCCGGGAUCUUGAGAUGUUUAUCAAUUUCAUCCAGGAAGAAGUCAGCAGCCCAGGAAAACAAGAGGAUGGUCACUGUGACUGUUCAAGUGGAAAAGCUGGAAGUGGCACCUACAAGCCAAACACCAAGCAGCCCCACAGAAGCAACAGAGUGACUCCUGAAGAUGCUCAAAGGAUGCGGGAGACAGGGCUACAUCUUAUGCGCCGAAUGCUUGCUGUGCUACAGAUCUUUGCAGUGAGCCAAUUUGGCUGUGCAACUGGACAAAUCCCACAUCAUUUAUGGCAGAAAGACCAUUCUGACAGGGACUAUGCACCCUUAAUGAACAAAUUAGAGAUGGCUGUAGCCCGUGUCAGGCAACUAGCUCAAAAGUAUCAGCUGCAAGAGCCAGAACAUGUCAUCAGCUUUUCAAGUGCCCAGGAUGCCUCCUUGGGAGGACGAGAUGAGCUAACAUUGGCUGUGCGUAAGGAGCUGACAGCUGCCUUGCGAGACCUUAUGGCCCAUGGUCUCUAUGCCCCAUCUCCUGGGAUGAGUUUGGUUCUAGCACCCAUUGCCUGUUUGCUCCCUGUGUUGAGCUCCUCUCCCCAGGCCAUGCAUCCAUGGGAGCUCUUUGUGAAGUAUUACAAAUCUAAGAAUGGUCGUGCCUUUGUGGAGUCACCAGCACGCAAACUUUCUCAGUCUUUUGCCCUCCCAGUGAUGGGUGAGACACCGGCCACUCCAAAGCAGAGUCUGCUAUCGGCAAUCCACACAGUCCUCUCUGAGCAUGACCCAUUCAAGCGCAGCGCAGACUCAGAACUGAAGGCUCUUGUGUGCCUGGCACUUAAUGAACAGCGCCUGGUCUCCUGGCUCAACCUCAUCUGCAAGUCGGGGGCCCUGAUCCAAGCCCACUACCAGCCCUGGAGCUACAUGGCCCAGACAGGCUUUGAGGGGGCCCUCAAUAUCCUCAGCCGCCUCAGUAGCCUGCGAUUCAGCCUCCCUGUGGACCUGGCUGUGCGGCAACUGAAGAACAUCAAAGAUGCCUUUUGAAUUUUGGGACUGCGGGGGGCCUGCCUAAAUUCCUUUUGUGUGGGGAAGCUCUUAUUUCUCAGUCCAGGAGGCCGCUGCUAUGUGUUCACAUGGAAGGCAAUGCUGCUCUUUAGUGGUUGCCUCUUGAUGCUGAGCUGCUACAUGAAGUUCUUACGAACAGGCAGGCUUGUGUUGAGACAAAUGCUGUUGUGCUGUAUGGAAGAAGUCCAUAUGCAUAAAACUCUGCCCUUAAAAAGCACCUACUUUUUUUUGUGGUGGAGUCAAUAGACAAGCUUAGCAACAGAGCAGGGGGCCUCUCUCCUCCCAAGAAGAGCUUCUGAUGGGAAUCUAUUUCUGCUCCAAGUCCCAUGGACUCAAGAUGAAAUCUAAAUGGCACUGCAUCAGAAAGGGGUUUGUUUUUUAAUCUUCCUUGAGGCUUCUGUGCCAGAUACACCAUCCCAAGCUUGACAUUUCAUACUAAAAGGCAAUGAGUGGAUUCCCAGAAUCUGAGCAGGGGGCUUCCCUGUGUUGAUCACCUUAAGUUAUUUGACUUGUAGGACCAAACAUUUUCAGGAAAUUUUUCAGUUAGGUUUUUGUGUGCUAGAAUAGGAUUCUGCCUAUGCUUACAGUAUGUGUCAGAAAUGUCCAUAGCAUCUUCCUGUAUCAGCUGGCUAGACAGUAAGGACCUGAGGACUCUGGAACUAAAUCUCUAGAUGAACAUCCUGAUUUGGAAUCUAAGAAAAGACAAAUACUUUUGUCAAGUGGAAGUGCUUCCCAGCUUUAUAUCAACAGAGAAAAGCGUGUUGAGCUUGCCUUGUCUAACUCCCUCCUUGAAAGAACAAGCAAUUUGUUUUGGCUUAGUGUCUCUGUGCUAGUACACAAAAUUGCCUUCUCUGACUUGUUUCUUGAUAUCCAGCCCAAAGUUGAUAUUUUUGAAAUUGGGACUGCAUGGUCUUGAAUUUGAUUUUUAUGCCAGAUCUGUAGACUCAAGGCUUAGGUGAAAUGUUCCACUCUUGAGCUAUUUCCCCCCCCUCAUUGGAGCAAAAUGUUGUUGAAAGAUGCAGCUGCAGAUAGUGAGAUCAGGAGGGCUACUUUAGCUUGUGGCUCAGUUGUCCCUGUGGACAUCAGAUAGUGCUGUUCUAGUAGUCUUCAGAAAGGAUAGGCGCACAUGGUCUGUGAAAGAUCCCUAGAUCCAAAUGCAUAGCAUCUGUAACUUCACACAGAAUCUCUCAGCCAUUCUGUGUUGGUGAGAUCUAAGAGGAUGAAGGCAUCCAUGUAGGUCUUGAAGCAAAUUCUGACAGCACCCUUGCUUAGAGAGCAUAGAGAUUAGCCUGAAUGGCAAACGGUGCUCUUUUGUGCUGUGUAAAGUCUGUGUAUUUCUGUAAAUUAGUUGGCCUGUGACAUGUAUGUAAAUUAUUCUCCUGAAACAGAUCUGUUUUAAUGUAGGUACACGCCUACUUAUGCCCCUUGGUUUAUGUGUUGGACGCACUUUAGAAAGCUCUGUCCUGGUCACUUGGGUGUCUUCUGUUAGUAUGUAUGUUUGUUUUGACCAGUUUUGUGCAAGAGAGAGAAUGUAUUAAUGGUGAUUUGUGUCUGUUCCUGAUAAUAAAUUCAGUUUGGUUUCUAA